AUGAAUCUUCUUGGAUGGAAUGUGCGGGGGCUUAAUGACCCUGCUAAAAUAAAAGAAGUUAAACACUUCUUACAUAUUCAUAAUCCAAUGUACUAUGCUCUAUUUGAAACAAGGGUAAAGAAUCACAAAUCCAUUAACACUCAGAAGAAAUUUGGGAUUCACUGGCAAUUGGUGAGUAAUUAUGACUAUUCACCAAGGGGGAGAAUUUGUUUUGGAUGGAAACCAGGUGAAGUAGCUGUUACUGUAAUAAGCACUAAUGAACAAUGUAUUCAUCUUCAGAUCACAAGAGCAACUAAAAGCUUUCAUUUAGUUGUUGUAUAUGGGCUGCAUACCAUUAGAGAUAGGAAAGCUCUAUGGGAACAACUAUUGCAGAUUAGAAACAGUAGCCAGGGGCCUAUGAUUGUAUUUGGAGACUUUAAUGCAGUUUUAAGAGCUGAAGAUAGGUGCAAUGGUAAUGAAGUACAUGAAGCUGAAACAAUUGAUUUCAAUCAAUUUUUGCUGGAGGCCAAUCUGAUAGAGGCUCCUAAUACUGGCUUGUUCUAUUCAUGGAGCAACAAAGGUGAAGGAAGUAACAGAAUUUGGAGUAGAAUUGACAAGGCUUUCUUGAAUGAUGAAAUGUUGCAAGAAUACCCUGAAAUUCUUGUCAAUUACCUGCCUGAAGGUAUUUCUGAUCAUACACCACUAAUGAUCAGAUGUACUCAUCAUGAAGAUAAGAAAGGUAGACCUUUCAAAUUCAUGAAUUUUAUGGCCACUAAAACUGGCUUCCUCCCACUCAUCCAAGAUGUGUGGCAUCAGAAUGGCAGGGGUGGUAAAUUGAAGCAGAUCUGGAAUAAUCUUACAAGGGUUAAACAUGAAACUAAAACUCUUCACUCCAGACAUUUUGCUCAAGCUCAUAUUAAGAUGGCAAAAUGUAGAGCUAAGCUGGAUCAAGCGCAAAGAGAUCCUUCUUUGAGGCAUGAUGUUGAGAUUCAGAAGAUUGAAAAAGAGAAUAUUGAAACCCUCAGGUACUGGUCAAACAUUGAAACUAGUAUCCUACAACAAAAAUCCAGAAUUAGCUGGAUUGCUAAAGGUGAAAGAAACACCAAACUCUUUUUUACUGCUGUGAAGAUAAGGAAAGCUCAAAAUAAUAUUAACAUGCUGCAAACUGAGCAUGGAAUCACUACUAAAGCUGAAGAGAUUCAUCAUGAGCUUGUGCAGUUCUAUCAGAACCUACUUGGAAAAAGGGUUGUGUAA